AUGACUGUCGGUGGAAAGGAAGAGACCCACCAAGACGAUUUGGCCAAUGAAGCCAUUAAAGUUCCUUUGGAAGUUUUGUUAGUCAUCAAAAAUGCACAAAAUCAGCACGGUUUACGCCAUGGCGAUUACCAACGAUACAGGAAGAAGGCAAUAACCACGGAAAUUGCAUCCAAAGACGUUCGGUACCUUUACUUGCCGCUAAUGUGUGCCGAACGCGCCUGGAGUUAUGCUAUGGAGUUGAAGCAGUUAUCCAAUACUGAAAUACGAAAAAGAUUCCAUUUGAUUCGCCGAAUGAAGAAAGCAGUUUAUUAUGCUAAAAUGUUACACGAAUUAAGCGAUGAUGAAGGCUACGAUGCUCGCACCAAACUAGAAGCUCAGGCUUAUUACUCAUGGAUGGCAGCUAACCUAAACUUUGAACUACAAUUAUGGGACAAGUCAUAUGAACUCUUCUCUCGUGCAAAAAAAAUCUAUGAAGAAUUGGCUGGAAUUUUAAUAGAAAGUGAAGCUGCAACCUACAGUCAGCGUGCUAACGAAGUUGCACCAAAUAUUCGCUACUGCCUGUUUAAUUUAGAUGAAUCAAGUGCUGAUGUUAAAGAAUUAAUGCAAUUGAAGAAUGCUCCUGGCGGCUCAGAUCUAUUAGCUGCUAAAAUUAACCGGACUAUUACUCAAUUAAGAGAAAAACAAGCGGCUACCCUUCACGAAGUGAUAUGGCUUGGUAAGAAACUUCCCAUAGUCUCUGAAGAAAUUCGUGUUUUGGUUCUCCGUUAUCAUGGUCUUUCGGAAGAAUUGGCUAGAGCCACAGAUUAUGACAGUAGAAUUGAUGUCUAUGACGGUAUCUUGAUGGAGUGCAAAGACGCUUUGCAAAUACUUAAAGAUUCGCUAAAAUCAGACGCAUCGGCAUCCGCAAAGAAUUUUCAUUCUAGAGGGGAAUCCCAGGCUCUUGACCUCUUAUCAUACGUUUCACACCUUAAAUAUUGCAUAACGAUUGAGAGAAAUAUUGUCAUGGCUGAUUCUCUGGAAGAGCGUAUGCAACUACCUGAAAGUACUGGUUCUAGUAAAUCGAAAAAUAAACCGACUAAACCAGACGAUUUAGUUAGGCUGUAUGAUAUUGCAUUACAGAUUGAUAAGAUAUACUCAUCUACAGUUGCUAAGUGUUACCACGUUGGAUUGACCUAUGUAUUUGCUAAUAAGUGGCACGAAGCUAUGGCAUUAUUUGAAAAGACUAUAACUCGGUGUAGUGAUGCUAUUGAAAGAUUCAAGGAAUGCGAAGAAAGGAAAUCCCAAUUAUAUUUACAGCGGCUUGAACGAUUUAUUUCUAUGGCGCGUGGACAAAAGUGUGUAGCUCAUGCAAAAUUGCUAUCAGGUGACGAUUUAGAAGGAAGUACCAUUGAGUCGAUCGAGCAGUUACGCCAACAGCCUCUUAGCGAAAGAUUAGAUGUUUAUUAUUCGGAUCCUUCGACAUUGACGGACAAGCCAAAUUUAGUUGAAUUUCCGCCGCAAUUCGAACCUAUCCCUUGUAAACCUCUUUUCUUUGACAUUGCUAAUAAUUACGUGGAGUUUCCAUCUUUGGAUCAUCGUAUGGAACAAAAGAAAAGCGGUGGUAUUGGUGGCUUGUUGUAUUGCUCCAAUUUUGCUUCAAUUGAUGCAACUGUUAUCCCUGUAACUGUAAAGAAAAUGAUCUCGAUUUUGAAUAUAGAUGUGAUGCUGGUGCAUAGUAUUCGGCAGCGACAUUUAAAUGAAUCGCAUAAAGCACUGCAAGAAAAGAAUGAAAGCAUGCACGGUGAUACUCAUGAAUUGGAACGACCAUUCUUAGUUUUCGUAAUACAAAAUCGUACAGAUAAUGAAGGAACCUGUCAGCUUCCAGAAGCUCAAGUUGAUAGAUUUACACUAAAAAAAUCUCCUUGA